GUUAAACCUAACACGUUCACUAGACAAACACUUCCGCUCUUCAUUUGAUUGGCGAUACUACGUGUUACGUCAUUUGCGCGUCGGAAGUUAUUCGCUUAGCGUUUGUGAGCGGUGGCAGCGUAACGUUCUAGCCAUGGAGAGUGGAGGCGAGAGAAAGAGAGUGCAUGCAGAGGAAGAGGAUUUGGAAUCGUCAGAUGACGACGAUUAUGUCCCCUAUGUGCCUCUUAAACAGAGAAGGCAGCAGAUGCUGCAGAAACGGAUGUUGAUUCGCCGAAAGGGAGCCAUUGAGGAAGAACAAAAAGAUAGUGGCAGUGACUAUCGAGGGGAUGAGGAUGACAUUCCUUUGGGACCCAGAUCCAAUGUCAGCCUUUUGGACCAACACCAGCACCUGAAAGAGAAGGCUGAAGCUAGAAAAGAAUCUGCCAAGGAGAAGCAGCUAAAAGAGGAAGAAAAAAUCCUGGAGAGUGUGACAGAGGGAAGAGCUCUGAUGUCUGUGAAAGAAAUGGCCAAAGGUAUAACCUAUGAUGACCCCAUUAAAACCAGCUGGAAACCACCACGUCACAUUUUGGAGAUGUCUGAAGCACGACAUGAUCGGGUUAGACGUAAAUACCAUAUCCUUGUGGAGGGUGAAAGGAUUCCUCAACCCAUUAAGAGUUUUAAAGAAAUGAAGUUUCCUCCAGCUAUUUUACGUGGACUAAAGAAGAAAGGAAUUCAUCACCCUACUCCUAUCCAGAUACAAGGAAUCCCAACCAUCCUUUCUGGACGGGAUAUGAUUGGCAUUGCUUUUACUGGCUCUGGAAAGACUCUGGUCUUCAUUCUACCUGUUAUCAUGUUCUGCUUGGAGCAGGAGAAGAGACUGCCUUUUGCCAAGAGGGAAGGACCAUAUGGACUCAUUAUUUGUCCCUCUAGGGAGCUGGCUCGUCAAACCCACAGCAUAAUUGAGUAUUACAGCCAUUUACUGCAAGAAGAUAACUUUCCUCAUUUAAGCACUGCACUUUGCAUUGGGGGGAUGUCUGUCAAAGAGCAGAUGGAAACCAUCAAGCAGGGUGUGCACAUGAUGGUUGCCACACCUGGCCGGCUCAUGGACCUCUUGCAGAAAAAGAUGGUGAGUUUAGACAUCUGCAGGUACCUGGCACUGGAUGAGGCUGAUCGCAUGAUUGAUAUGGGCUUUGAAGAAGAUAUCCGAACAAUAUUCUCCUACUUCAAGGGUCAGAGACAGACUUUGCUUUUUAGUGCCACUAUGCCAAAGAAGAUUCAGAAUUUUGCCAAAAGUGCACUGGUAAAACCAAUAACUAUCAAUGUGGGGCGAGCAGGUGCCGCCAGUCUGGAUGUGAUUCAGGAAGUAGAGUAUGUGAAGGAGGAGGCUAAGAUGGUCUAUUUGCUUGAGUGUUUACAGAAGACUCCUCCUCCAGUUCUGAUAUUUGCUGAGAAAAAGGCAGAUGUUGAUGCUAUACAUGAAUAUUUACUACUUAAGGGGGUGGAGGCUGUAGCCAUCCAUGGAGGAAAGGACCAAGAAGAGCGAACCAAGGCAAUUGAGGCUUUCAGGGAAGAAAAGAAAGAUGUACUGGUUGCUACAGACGUUGCAUCCAAGGGUCUGGACUUCCCAGCCAUCCAGCAUGUGAUUAAUUACGACAUGCCUGAGGAGAUCGAGAACUACGUUCACAGAAUAGGACGUACUGGUCGAUCUGGUAACACUGGAAUUGCAACUACCUUUAUAAACAAGUCUUGUGAUGAAUCAGUUCUGAUGGAUCUGAAGGCUCUGCUCAUGGAGGCAAAGCAGCGUUUGCCCCCUGUUCUGCAGGUGCUUAAUAGCAGUGAUGAAACCAUGCUGGAAUUUGGAGAUGAAAGAGGUUGUGCUUUUUGUGGAGGUCUGGGCCAUCGUAUCACAGACUGCCCCAAGUUGGAAGCCAUGCAGACAAAGCAAGUCAGCACCAUUGGAAGGAAGGAUUACCUUGCUACCAGCUCAAUGGAUUUCUGAGGAAGAGACACAUCCAGGGUGCUUAGAUAUGGUGUGCAAGCCUUUGGGGCCAGUAGUGUGCACUAUUUUUCAACAUGGGUAAUGUUGCAUUGCAACAAUGCAAGAAACAUUUAGAUCACAAACUGCAGAAGCUUUACCAGCUGUAUGGAUCUGAAUUUGGACUCUUUUCACUGGUAUUCAACAUUGAACUAAAGGGACCAGAUGUUUGACUUUCUGUGAAAUGUUUUUUCUGGUGCCAAGCAUGGGAGAUCUCCUGUUCACGCCCAAGAGGUCAGAGUGCAUUAAAAAAAUUAAUUAUGCACUUCAAAAGAAGCUCUGUGAAUACAAGUAUCUCUUGCCUUGUUUUCUUGUCAUUCUUUAUAGGAUACAAUAGAUACAAGUUUUCGUAUCACAAACAUUUCUUAGGAAUUGUUAAUGUGGCAAAUGGCAAAAUGUAAUAUUGUAGCUUAGGUUGGACUUAAAGAUAUAACCUUUUAUUAGUUGGCUGCAUGAAGCUAAUGUUAUGGGAACUGCCCGCAGUAACCUCCAGUUCCUCAGUUGUCUUUUAGAGCUCUGUUAUUUAGGGCUGUCUUUGUUCAGCCUCCUUAAUCAGCAAUCAGUUUUUAGUACUUCAGACCCCAAGCAAUGGGCUGACUUGUGCUUUCAAAGAGGUUAAUAAAGAUGAAAUGAAAGAC